UGCGGGAUGAGGGCGGAGCGUCGCAGCUGAUGGCUGGGAGCCGGGAUGGGAGGCUGGGCGAGCAGUGGGUUCCAGACGCGCCGCCGCCUGGCUGCGGGGCUGGCAUGGCCGUGUGCUAGUGAGCGGGGAGCGCGCGAGGGGCCGCUGCCACCAUGCCCAGGGGACUGGGCGCCGCCCGGCUCUGCCUGCUGGCGCUCGCCCUGCCGGGAUGGACCAGAAGAGGAAGUGGGGAAGGCAGCCCCCCGCUGCAGCAUGAACUAAUAAUACCUCAGUGGAAGACUCUAGAAAGCCCCGUGAGAGAAAAGCAUCCACUCAAAGCUGAGCUCAGGGUAAUGGCUGAGGGGCGAGAACUGAUCCUGGACCUGGAGAAGAAUGAGCACCUUUUUGCUCCAGCCUACACAGAAACCCAUUACACGCCAAGUGGGAACCCUCAGACCACCACGCUGAAAUCUGAGGAUCACUGCUUUUACCACGGGACGGUGAGGAAGGCAGAACAGUCCAGUGUCACGCUUAGCACUUGCCGGGGAAUAAGAGGACUGAUUAUGGUGAGCAGUAACCUCAGCUACAUCAUCGAGCCCCUCCCUGACAGCGAGGGCCACCACCUAAUUUACAGAUCUGAACAUCUCAAGCUGCCCCCGGGGAACUGUGGGUUCGAGCACUCCAAGCCCACCGCCAGGGACUGGGCCCUUCAGUUUACAAACCAGACCAAGAAACGACCUCACAGGAUGAAAAGGGAAGAUUUACACUCCAUGAAGUAUGUGGAGCUUUACCUCGUGGCUGAUUAUGCAGAGUUUCAGAAGAAUCGACGAGACCAGGAUGCCACCAAAUACAAGCUCAUGGAGAUUGCCAAUUACGUUGAUAAGUUUUACCGAUCCUUGAACAUCCGGAUUGCCCUUGUGGGCUUGGAAGUGUGGACUCAUGGGAAUAUGUGUGAAGUUUCGGAGAACCCGUACUCUACGCUCUGGUCAUUUCUUAGUUGGAGGCGCAAGCUACUCUCCCAGAAGAACCAUGACAAUGCACAGUUAAUCACGGGCAUGUCCUUCCAUGGCACCACCAUCGGUCUGGCCCCCCUCAUGGCCAUGUGCUCGGUGUACCAGUCUGGAGGAGUCAACAUGGACCACUCUGAGAAUGCCAUUGGCGUGGCUGCCACCAUGGCCCACGAGAUGGGCCACAACUUCGGUAUGAGCCAUGAUUCUGCGGAUUGCUGCUCAGCCAGUGCAGCUGAUGGUGGGUGCAUCAUGGCAGCCGCCACCGGGCAUCCCUUCCCCAGAGUGUUCAAUGGAUGCAACAGGAAGGAGCUGGACAGGUAUCUGCAGUCAGGCGGUGGGAUGUGUCUCUCCAACAUGCCAGACACCAGGACACUGUAUGGAGGCCGGAGAUGUGGGAACGGGUACCUGGAGGAAGGGGAAGAGUGUGACUGUGGGGAGGAAGAGGAUUGUAGUAACCCCUGCUGCAACGCCUCCAACUGCACCUUGAGAGAAGGGGCGGAGUGUGCCCAUGGCUCCUGCUGUCACGGCUGUAAGCUGCUGGCCCCCGGCACCCUGUGCCGUGAGCAGGCGCGGCAGUGCGACCUCCCGGAGUUCUGCACGGGCGAGUCCCCCCAUUGCCCCACCAACUUCUACCAGAUGGACGGCACCCCCUGUGAGAAUGGCCAGGCCUACUGCUACAACGGCAUGUGCCUCACCUAUCAGGAGCAAUGCCAGCAGCUGUGGGGGCCUGGAGCCCGGCCUGCUCCUGAUCUCUGCUUCGAGAAGGUGAAUGUGGCAGGGGACACCUUUGGAAACUGUGGGAAGGACAUGAAUGGGGAACACAAGAAGUGCAACAUGAGAGAUGCCAAGUGUGGGAAGAUCCAGUGUCAGAGUAACGAGGCCAGACCCGUGGAGUCCAACGCGGUGCCCAUUGAAACCACCAUCACCAUGAACGGGAGGCAGAUCCGGUGCCGGGGCACCCACGUCUACCGAGGUCCUGAGGAGGAGGGUGACAUGCUGGAUCCAGGCCUGGUGAUGACUGGGACCAAGUGUGGCUACAACCAUAUUUGCUUCGAGGGGCAGUGCAGGAACACCUCCUUCUUUGAAACGGAAGGCUGCAGCAAGAAAUGCAAUGGCCACGGGGUCUGCAACAACAACCAGAACUGCCACUGCCUCCGGGGCUGGGCCCCGCCCUUCUGCAACACACCGGGCCUGGGGGGCAGCGUCGACAGCGGGCCCAUGCCCCCUGAGAGUGUUGGUGCUGUGGUAGCUGGAGUGUUCACAGCCAUCUUUGUGCUGCUGCUCCUUGUGCUGAUGUACUACUGCUGUAGACAGAACAACAAACUGGGCCAACUCAAGCCUUUAUCCCUCCCUUCCAAGUUGAGGCAACCGUUCAGUUGCCCCUUCAUGGUGUCUCAGAACAGUGGAACUGGCCAUGCCAACCCAACAUUCAAGUUACAGACGCCUCAGGGCAAGCGAAAGGUGACCAACACCCCUGAAACCCUCCGGAAGCCCUCCCAACCUCCUCCCCGGCCCCCUCCGGACUAUCUGCAUGGGAGGUCCCUACCUACACCAUUGCCAGCGCACCUCAGCGGGGCUGCUAGGAACUCUCCAGGGGCCGGGUCCCAAGUAGAGAGAAAGGAGUCAUGCAGGAGGCCUCCUCCAAGCCGGCCAGUGCCCCCUGCACCAAAUUGCAUCCUCACCCAGGAUUUCUCCAGGCCUCGGCCACCCCAGAAGGCGCUCCCAGCUAACCCAGUGCCAGGUCGCAAGAGCCUCCCCAGGCCAGGCGGCACCUCCAUACUGCGGCCCCCUGCCACUGACCCUCAGCAGUCCCGGCCUCUGGUAGCACCUGUUCCAAAGUUUCCUGAAUACAGAUCACAGAGGUCUGAGAGGAUGACUAGCUCGAAAAUCUAGACCUGUCUGAAAGGGCUUCUCCCUUUCCUUGAGGACGCUGAGUACCACAGAAGACCUGUGGCCACAGAAUCUAGAAGCAGCAUGUCUGGCCACCUCCGAGCUCCUCCUUCCCUCCUCCUGGAACCACUGCAUCUCCAAAAAUCUCCUUCUUGACUCAGUGCCCCCUCAGCCUCCUCAGAGGCCCAGGGGGACUGCUGUCCAAUGGCAUCUGAGUGUUGUUUUGUGCAAUAGACAGCCCCAGGUAGGGAGGGGAGAGCAUGGAGGAGGAUGAAUGGCUGCUUCUCCUCCAACCUCCCUUCAGCUGGCCCCUCCCUUCGGAGGUGCCAAUGGAGAUGGUCCAGGUUGUCUGAGCUGGCGAGCCCAGCUAGGAAAAGUCCCUUUUAGCCUUUCAGGCCAGGACUUAGCUUGGAGAAGCCAUCUAUCCACAUCCUAUGGCAGAGGGUACGCAUGAGAGCUUUCCAUUGCUACUGUCAUUCUCGAAGGUCCCAGGCUAGACAGAGGCUGGGCACUUACCCAUCCCUUUUAGCUCUGAGAGUGAGAGGGGUCAAACCAGCCACUGUUAUGGCCCUGCCUGGGGCUUGGGUGAGGUGACAGCUCCUGGCUCUGUGGCUACACGUG